CAAAAAGUACUUUUUAUUAUAAUUUAAAUAAGCUUUCAUAUUUAUAAAUUAAUUUAUAAAAACUUAGACUGUUUUUUUAUCAACUUUCACCAUUUAAACAUAUGUUUUGGACCACUAGAUUCGUUCGAUCCACAUUUGUAUCGCUAAAUCCAUUUUUGUUCCAAUUUUUCCGAACCUUAAAACAUCGACCACUUUUUAGUAGUGGAUCAAAUUAUAUUUUUUCUAAAAAAAACUGCUUAUAUUUUUCAAUAAUUGUGAAUGGCAAAAUUUAUUCAGUUCCUCCACCAUGGUAGAUGACCCAUCUUUGUUCCGUUUUCCACUCGGAGCCUAAUUGGUUUUAUUCGUUGUAAACGCUGUAUCUGUACCAAUAAUUUAAGAAACCGUGUUACGCACUUUUAGAUUUAUAUAUUACAAUCCGUCAGAAAUCAAGAUCUUGCGUUGAACUAGUCACGGAGUUUCGAUUAGUUUUUGUAGUUUUGUUGAUUAAACUAAUGUUAUAUGAUAAGCAUUGACUCCGGUCGUAUAUAUGUCAUAGUAUUCUAGAGGUUAUGCAAAUGAAAAAGCAGAGAUAUUUUUCGUUAUACACUGUAAACAAAAAUUCAACGACUUAUAAACCAUUUUUCUUCUUUUAGAGUCCUGUAUUUUGACUAAUUAUAUUCUACGAUCCCAAACUAAACAAAAAUAAAGACACUGAUUAGUUCACAGCCUAAGUAUAAAUACUAGUGUAUAGGCUGGCAUCUUGCAAGGAAAAAGCUUAUACAUGUUCACAUACGUAUAAACUACAAAGUAACAUACAUGCACAUACGUACUAUGUACUUCUUGUUAAUUGUAUAUACGAUUUAUCACUUAUCAGGAAAUAUUUAAACCAGAAAUGCAAUUUUCAAAAAGCGACGUUAGAGGGUUUACACAUUUAUAAUUAUGUCAUUUUCAGAAUAUAUUAUACGGAAGAUUAUACUAAUCGAUGGUUGAAAAAGAUGGUCGACGGAAAGAGGUGGCAAAAUAAUAAAAGUAUGAUUGAAGUUGAUUUGGCUUUGAGAUGACCUUGCAAUGAGGCAUAUGUCGUAAUCUCCCUAUUAAACGAGAGAGAUUGAAGUUGCUAACUGAUCUAGAGACAACCCUCACAAUACGGCCUAUAUAUUAUGCCAUUAGAGUUAGUUUUCUAACAUUUGAACUUAUUUCUAUAUUUUCUCUAUAUGCUAUUAUAUUGAACAUUCCCCUCUCAAAUCCGGAUUUGAGGUAGUGUAUUGUCUUCUCGGUGAAUCUGAAGAUCGUAGGCCAUGAUGGCCAUCCCACAAUCUUAACAAGCCUUGAACCGAUUUUGAUGAGCUAAAAUUGGGAAUGGUAGAUCCAAAACUAAUAAUCACUAUGCUAAAAUUGCUAAUCCAAUUAUAAAAAUCACGUAACCCACAUAAUCAUUCAAUUUCCUUGUCAUCUCUAUACAUUCUCAUAGUUUUGAUACUUCGUUCUCUCUUUAAGAUAGUCUUGUGAUUAAUAUUAUGACCCACGUACUACUUACAAACUAACGACAAGUUGACAACUGGAGUAUCACAGAAUUUAGUUUUCUUUUUCGGCGCAAAAAGACAUGGGUUACAAAACCGAACAUAUCCAAAAAGGUGACAAAGCGCUGACGUCAUGUCCCACCCAUAAACCGUACAUAGCAAAAAAAACAUAACUCCAAACGGCGUCGUUAGUUGUUUUCAUUUCUAAUUUCCCUGUCCUAAAUGCGAUCGCUCUAUUUCCUUGAAUCAUCAUCAUCGAAAGUCUCUCUUUGACUCUCCACACCCAUCAUCUCUCCCAAGCAAAGACGAAAACUCAAAGUUGAUUUUUUUUUCUUUUUCCGCUUGACCCAACAACCGCAAAUCGAAUUUAAACUUCCAGAUUCGUGUCUCUCCUUCCUUUCUCUAUCUCCCGAUUCCACUUUGAAGAAAAAAAAUCAAUUAAAAAAAAACAGAAUAAAGAUCAAAAACUCCAAAACAAAUGUUAUAUUACUAAACUCCACAAGACCAAACCCUCGAAACCAAGAUGACGACUUUCAUCUCCAACCUCUCUCUUCUCCUCCUUGUCGGUUUUUUGUUCUUAAACCCUGUGAUCUCCGAUUCGAGAGGAGAGACGGUGGCUCAGCGAUGCAGCAACAGAACAACGACCCCUCAGCAAAGAAGUCUCGUCGUCACCAACUUCCUCGCCGCCAUGGACGCAGUGUCUCCGCUAGUGGAAGCUAAAGGCUACGGGCAAGUAGUCAACGGCACAGGGAACUUAACGGUCUACGCUUACGGAGAGUGCAUGAAAGAUCUUGACAAGAAAGACUGCGACUUGUGUUUCGCUCAGAUCAAAGCUAAAGUCCCUCGUUGCUUACCCUUUCAACGAGGCACUCGUGGUGGUCGUGUCUUCUCCGAUGGAUGCUUCAUUAGGUACGACGAGUACAACUUCUUCAACGAGACGUUAAGCUCGCAAGACGUGACUAAUUGUUCUAAUAAGGAGAUAACCGGGGUAAACCGGACGUUAUUCCGGGCUAACGCCGCGGAGUUGGUGAAGUUUAUGAGCGUGGAGGCGGUGAGGAACGGUGGUUUCUACGCUGGAUUUGUGGAUAGACGUAACGUGACGGCUCACGGUUUGGCUCAGUGUUGGGAGCCUCUUACCCGCAGUGGUUGUGCUGAGUGUUUGAGUAAAGCUUCAGAACAAAUCGGUUCUUGUUUGGGUAAAGAAGAAGGUCGAGCUCUUAACGCUGGCUGUUACAUGAGGUUUUCUAAUCUGAAGUUUUACAAUAACUCUGGAAAUUCAACAUCAGAUGGAAAUGGUGGUCAUAACCACUUGGCUGUGAUUUUGGCGGUGACAUCUUCGGUGGUAGCUUUUGUUCUGUUGGUCUCUGCUUUAGGUUUCUUGUAUAAGAAGAAACGUGCCAAGAAGCUAAGAGAGAAGAAGCAACUAGGGUCUCUGUUUAUGCUUGCCAACAAAUCUGAUCUUUGUUUCUCCUAUGAGAAUCUCGAGAGGGCCACUGAUUACUUCAGCGACAAGAAUAAGCUAGGCCAAGGAGGAUCUGGUUCUGUAUUUAAGGGAGUUCUUAGUAACGGUAAGACUGUUGCGGUGAAGAGGCUAUUCUUCAACACAAAGCAGUGGGUUGAUCAUUUCUUUAACGAAGUCAAUCUAAUAAGCCAAAUCGACCACAAGAACCUUGUCAAGCUCUUGGGAUGCAGCAUAACCGGACCCGAGAGCCUUUUGGUCUAUGAAUACAUAGCGAACCAAAGCCUCCAUGACUAUCUUUUCGUAAGACAAGAUGUUCAACCGUUGAGCUGGGCGAAGAGGUUCAAGAUUAUACUUGGGACAGCAGAAGGAAUGGCGUAUCUACACGAAGAGUCAAAUCUGAGGAUCAUACAUAGAGACAUCAAGCUGAGUAAUAUACUUUUGGAACAUGAUUUUACUCCGAGGAUCGCUGAUUUCGGACUGGCUAGAUUGUUCCCUGAGGACAAGACUCACAUCAGCACUGCCAUCGCCGGUACACUAGGCUACAUGGCACCAGAGUAUGUUGUACGAGGGAAACUAACUGAGAAAGCAGAUGUAUACAGCUUCGGAGUUCUUAUGAUUGAAGUUAUAACCGGAAGACGUAACAACGCCUUCUCACAAGACUCUAGUUCGAUCCUCCAAACGGUUUGGCGUCUGUACGGGACAAGCAACUUUGUUCAAGUUGUGGAUCCAGUUUUGGGGGACAACUUCAACAAGAUGGAAGCGUCACGGUUGCUUGAGAUCGGUCUGCUCUGCGUUCAAGCAGCGUUUGAUCAGCGUCCUGCCAUGUCUGCGGUUGUGAAAAUGAUGAAAGGGAGUUUGGAGAUUCCUACGCCGACGCAACCGCCGUUUCUGAAUCCAGGGAGUGUAUUGGAGAUGAGAAAGAUGAUGUCUCCGACGAUGGAAGAUCAGUCUCAGUCUUCUGGCUGGAGGAGUGACAACAUAUCUGAGAGUUUCUUCGAACCUAGAUGAGCUUUUAAUAUCAGAAUCUUUUUGUCGUGGAUGGAUUCUCAAUCUGUCAUAUGUAAAAAGACCUGAGAUGCCGAUAAAUCGUAACUAAUUGAGUUAACGUAUGAUCCACGCCACUGUUAUGUAACCUAGGAAGUGAACACGGUUAGAGCUCACUUGGUUGGUGGAGGGCAAACUCUGGUUUAGUCUUGGUUUAGGUUUGUUUAUAAAUCUAUAGUACGAUUCGAUUAAUAUUACAACCGUUUUUAUGUGA